GAAUGAUUUUGUUCUUUGCCGUAAUUUGGUGUGCGUGGAAGGUGAGGAACAACAAGUUGUUCAACGAUGGGGCUGCUAAUUCAGUGGACAUCAAACUACUAGUAAUGCCUUUUAAGGAGAUGUGGAUCAGUGAUAAGGAGAGGAGGUUGGGUAGCGUAGCUCACUGACAUCAUUAUUCACAUGUCACAACUCACAAAUGUCUCAUCUCUGUCAUUAUAAAUAUACACUUCAUGCUUUGCUUCAUGGGUGGUAAGUGGUAACCUACAUAGUAGAUAACAGAGUUUCAAUAAUAUAAUAGUGAUGGAAGCAAAAAGUAGUGACUUGAAGCUUUUGGGUGGAUGGUUCAGUCCAUUUGUCACAAGGGUGAAGAUUGCACUUAACAUUAAAGGAUUGGAAUAUGAGAACAUUGAAGAGGACUUGAAUUCCAAAAGUGAUCUUCUUCUUCGUUCCAAUCCUGUGCACAAGAAAAUCCCAGUUCUAAUUCAUGGUGACAAACCCAUAUGUGAAUCCUUAGUCAUAGUUCAAUAUAUUGACGAGGUUUGGUCCAAUGGUCCUUCUAUUCUUCCUCAAGAUGCUUAUGACAGAGCAAUUGCUAGAUUCUGGGUUUCAUACAUUGAUGAUAAGUUAUUUGUUUGCAUGUGGAACAUUCUAAUGGCUUUUGAAGAUGAAGAGGAAAGGAAGCCACACUUUGAGCAAUUGGAGGAAGAAGUGCUUGUGACGUUGGAAGUGGCAUUCAACAAAUGCAGUGAAGGAAAGCCCUUCUUUGGAGGGAACGACGUUGGAUUCAUUGACAUUGCCCUUGGGAGCUUCUUGCCUUUUCUAUAUGUGUUAGAAAAGAUGAAUGGAAAGAAGGUCCUCACCGUCCACAAGUUUCCAGAGUUAGCGAAUUGGACUACAAAUUUUAUUGCGAAUUCAGUUGUGACUGAAACUCUUCCAGAGAUUGAUGACAAGCUUGUUUUGUUUUGUAAGGCUUUUCGACGUAAAUGGGUUACUGCAAAAGCUGCUGCCAAGUAAAAUGUUAUUGGAAUGAUGUUGUGAGACCAUGGAGUUUCCUUUUCUCUUUGGUUUGAAUAUUAUGUUUUCUAUGAUGGCUUCUUUUUUAUCUAUUUAUUUACCGUGGGAGAUGAUCUUGUAUAAUAACAUCACUAGCAUAUGGUACUUGGACAUUCAGUGAAAUUCAUAUUAUGCUUAACUCUAUAUGUAAAUUACAAAAGAAUAAUUUGUGGCCACAAUUUUAAGAGUUUAA